AUGCCGAACGAUGAUUUUGAAAUCAAGACAAUCAGUUCUGAUGUUAACACUCAUCAAUUUAUCCUGGAAGCGCAUAAUGACGACUUAAAAUGCGCUGGAGAGAAUUCGAAAAAAUCGAGAGGAAAGUUACCCAAAAUUAAAAUUCUUGGAACUGGCGGAACUAUUGCUUCAAAAGGAGCUUGUUCUUCUCAUACUGCAGGCUAUCAUGUAGAUCUUACCAUUCAGGAGUUGCUAGACGCAAUUCCCGACAUCUCUAGGAUUUGCGAGAUCGAAUACGAACAAUUAUGCAAUGUGGAUUCCAAAGAAAUUGACGAAAGUGCACUUUACAGUAUUUAUAAGGGCAUCGCCGAUGCGUUGCAAACUUUUGAUGGUAUUGUGAUCACACAUGGAACAGACACUCUGGCGGAAACGACAUUCUUCGUCGACAGUUGUAUAGAUUCUGGCGAUGUUCCCAUAGUUUUCGUUGGUUCGAUGCGUCCUUCGACUAGUAUAUCUGCAGAUGGACCCAUGAAUCUGUACCAGGCCAUCUGCAUCGCGGCGGAUAAGCAAUCUCGCGGGAGAGGCGUUUUAGUUUCUUUGAAUGACCAAAUCUCAGCAGGUUACUACUCCACCAAGACAAAUGCUAACACUUUGGAUUCUUUCAACGUCAGACAGGGCUAUUUGGGUAAUUUUGUUAACAAUGAGAUCCACUAUUAUUAUCCCCCGGUUAAGCCUGUAGUGUGUCACAAGUUUAAAUUGAAAAUGUCGCCUGAUGUCACGUCGUUCACUUUCCCCACAGUCCACAUCUUGUACGCGCAUCAAUCAUUUUCCCCUAGUUUAAUUGACUUGGUCGCCAAACAAUGUGAUGGGAUAGUGAUCGCUACAAUGGGUGCCGGGUCCCUGCCAGACAUUGUAAACGACAAAUGUUUGCACGUUGGUAUUCCCGUUGUAUACUCGAAACGCUCCAUGGACGGUAUGGUUCCUAGAGCCAAUCUUCCAAAACCACUCCCUGAGAAAGAGUAUAAUGUCAUUGCAUCUGGCUACCUAAAUCCUGAGAAAAGCAGAAUUUUGUUAAGGUUAUGUUUAGCAGAAAAGCAUUCUAUUUCUGAAAUUAAAGAAGUUUUCAGUGGUGUGUACGGUGGAUGA